AGGGCGUCGCGCGGUGGCGCACGAAGAAGGGAGGGCGACGAACGCGGGGCCCCGGGAGGAAAGGGGUACCCAAGUACCGCUAUACCUGGAGUCGCCCGAGGCGGAAUACAUACCUACCUACCUACCUAGUACGUGUCCCCUCUCACUCUCUCGCUUCCACUGUCUCUCCCUCCUCGUCUUGCCCUCGCGUCCGAUCGCUUCCCUCCUCCCACUUCCCACCCCCGGGGGCCCCGUCGCGCCCCCCUCUCCUCCUCGUUGCUCGGGCCCGCGCGAGCUAUACCACUGGAAGUCCACGCCAUGAUGCACGCCAUAGAGCAACAACGGGGACCGACCAGUGGUUCGCUUUACCUCGUCGACGACGCGCGUCGCGACGUCGCCGUCGUCCUUUUUUUCUUUCUUCAUUUUCUUUCUCCCCUUCCUUUUCUCUCCUUUGUCAUCCUGUCGCGCGCGCGCGCACGUAAACUCGCUGAGAGAGUUCAUUCGUCCUGUUGGUUCUUGGCCAGCCCUCGAAGCUAGAUCUUCGAAGUGGUUCCAAGAUCCUCUAGACUUGGGUGAUUUAGAGAUUCGGAGUUCAGGUUUUUCAAGACUGAUAAAUUCUUAGAACAUUGAAUAUUCGGCAGACGUUUAUUAUUAUUACUUCUUUUAAAUUUUCGAGUGAUCUAUUCAGUUGGAAAAUGUUUCACACUUGAGUAGCGUGUUUCUCGGUGCUCGCUAUAGUGAGGAUCUAUACUUGGACUACCAUUAUCGACACGGUCGAUAUGAAAAGUUACAUCAACUUUGAAUUGGAGGAUCGACGAAACGAAGUAUUCCGUUCUUUUCAGGGCGCUUACUUUUAUCUAUUUGCUGUUGAAAUAAUUAUAAUAAUCAUUAUCGUUCAAAAACUCGUGGAAUCGUUACGACAAUAAACUGAUGUACCAAAGAGGAGAAAGAAAGUGAAGAGUGUUUCUCCGUAGUAAACCCCUGUGAGCAUUUUCCUCGUGACAACUUGGACCGAAUUGUUUCGCUGUCGAUAAUUGUCAUUGUCAUCGUUGUAGUCGAAGGCAGCGUCGCGACGACUUGAAAUUGGUAGACUAAAGAUCACCGUACGAUCGCGGCGGCGAGGUGGAAGAGGACGCCACGAAGAGAGCUCUCCUUCUCCUCGAGUGCUCACCUACCCUACCACUUCCUCCUACUCCUCCUCGUCCUCCCUCCUCCCCUUCCUCCUCUUUCUCCUCGUCCUGCUACACCACCACCACUGCGCUUACAGUCGUUCGGUCGCCGGCGAGCAAUACGGUUUACGGCCGCGUACGACGGCGUCCACGAAACAGCUGGUACCACUGGUACCUGGUUGUACAUCCGGUGGUCGAAGACCACCUCAAGAACUCCCUCCGUAGGACCGGUUCCAUCUGCACCAGCUCGCGCGAGAAAGUCGAGAUAGAGACACGUGGACCACGAUAGUGUUAGACUCGCCCUCGCGAUUUCGAAAUUUCGUGGAACGUUAUUAUAUUUUAGAGCGUGUACACGCGAGUGAGAGUGAUAUACGCGCUUCCGUCGGGUUUUUCGGCCUUAGACAGAGACACGACGUAGCCCGUAAGUCGGUUAUCGAGGAUUCGGGUUCGAUAUAUCGCGUCCCGCGCGAGUGCUGAAGAGAACAGCACGAUUAGUGUUGAAGAGAGUCAGAAACAAAUCCGGUUCCAUCCCGGUGGAAGGAGCCAAGAUCCGUUACAAUUUGAAUAUCGAGGGAUCAAGAUUUCUACCUAGCUAAGGUUCCAAAAUGUUAGAACUUACACUUUAAGAGCUUGAAAAUUAGAUUCCGUUUGAAUAUUCAAGGCUCAAAGUCUUUACACUUUUAAGUGGAUCCGAGAAAUCGAGAGUUUCGUUACGUCCUGAAACCUCGAGGAAAGGCAGUCUUGUUCCGCGAAAUCAAGAUUGGACGGAUCACGACCCAAGACUCCAGAGAAUCAGAUUUACUACAUCACACUGAUUCCGAGAGCCAAUAUUCACUCCGCGUUCGAUCGGGACAUAUUACACCUUGAGGAUUCGAGUCAUUUAUUAGUCUUUAAGGAAGUCAGAAUCGAUUAAGGUCGUAUGGCCACCACGUCGACGCACCUGCGUGGAUACCUGUGCGAAGAACGUCGAGCCGUGACGACGACGCCUCGCGUCGUCCAGGAUGCGUUCGUGCAUCACAUGACCCUCGAUCAGUGAACGACCCUCUCCGGAGCAUCGGCGCGUUACCGACGGAUUUUUGGACCGUUCGGCAAUAACCUCUGGAAGAUCCCGGAGAAGUCAAUCGACUUGGUAUUCGAGGGACUAACCUGGCAGAGAUCUCCUCGUCUCUUCUAUUCCCAGAGGUAGACUGUGGAACUCGAGGAUGCGGUGGCUAAUGGGGCGGAGUCGAGGGCGCUGCGUUUGAUGAGGAUACCCAGUCCAAAUCGACAUUGGCAUCGUGCAGCAGACUUCAACGAUUCGAAAGCAACUAGAUAGAAAUACCGGCGACAACGAGUACAACGAGCGCCGCCACAUCGUUUCCAUGGACUUGACGGAGGCUUUCGCGCCGGGAGGUGGCGGCGAAGAUCUGCCGAAGACAGACUUCUUCGACUUCGUGGUGUCGCCGCCGCCGCACUGCGCCUCGGCCGACGGCGUCGUCUCCGAUGAGGAGAGUUUCCUGCAUCGCGGUGCCAGUGGCUGCCGCACUAUGGGCGGCUAUCUUCAGACUCACGAUGACCACGAGGGCUCGCACGGCAGUUCGCCUUUCAUCAAAGAGACCAAUAACAAUACGCUAACGGCACUGCCGCCGGUAUCGACCAUUACCGGCUCAUUAAGUCAUCACCAUCAGCAUCAUCAUGUGCAUCAUCAGGUGCGUUCGCAACAUGGAAAUGUUCAGACCGGCGAGACCACUGCCAUGGAUCAAUCCGAGUGCGAUUAUUGGGGUCAGGAGGACGAGAGCAAGGAGCAGACAUGCAACAUCCUGUUGGAGGACCUCAAUAAAUAUUGUUGGUCCUCAAACGCGCACACCAACGACGCCGUCAUUCAUCCGGCGACCAGUGGUCCCACCGAUCAUCAUCAGGGCGUUGGUUCAGGGCGUCCUGGUAGUUGUACCACCAAUGACCGACAGAACACGGACGGUGCCAUCUACACUUUGACGGUGCUGAAUAACGAGGCGAACUCGAUGGACGCGCUGGAUUGCUGUAAGAGUCCAGCGCCUGCGUCUGGCGAUUCCUGGUCUCUGCGGCCCAACCUCGAUCUAGAUGCCAUUCUGAGCAUGGAACCGUCCUCCGGCGAGCAAGAUCACGAACAAGCAAGCGGCGAGGUGCCUAGGAGUGUCAACGAGAGGUUUCAUGGAUCGGAUGGCCGCGGGUUUACCGUGCCCUCGUCACAAUACGCCACGGACGACAGUGGAUUCGUCGAGAGCAAGGAGUUGUGUGCGCGAGCGUCCGCGGCCAAUUGUUCCGGCGACAACAAUAACGACUGGAAGCUGUCGGAUCAGAAUUUACAGGAAGUCGCCGCUGCAGCGGCAGCUGCGGUUGCCGUUGGUGCCGGGGAUUCCGCUGAAAGUCUCCUGAGAAGUGCUCUUCAGGGCAAGCUGUACACCGGAUCGGCCCAGUCGGUUUCUUCGUCCUCGCCGUCUUCACAGGCGUCCACAAUUUCAAUGCCGGUCUCGGGAGCCGCGGGUUUAAUGGUGCCCGAUCAGCAGCAACAGCAACAACAACAGCAACAAGAGGAUUCCAUGCAGACUUGUACCGAUGAAGAUCUGUUGCUCUCGCAGCUGGAUCAGACGACCUAUCGGCCGGGUGAUUACGAGAAGCUUAAAAGCAUCGCUAAUGAAGUGGUGGAAUCGUACUGCAGCCUCGAGCCGGUCUGUAACGUAUCGGGAACUACUACAGUGAUGUAUACGUUAGAUCCAGCAAGUGGGAGUCUGGGUACCAUCACGUUACCGGCCGAUCUGGGACAAGUGAGCACCGUGACAGUAGUUACGGCUGCUCAGCAGGACGUUCUGCAACAGCAAACCGCUCAGCGAACCGACGUGGACCAGCAACAACAGCAGCAGCAGCAAUCGGGUCAAAUGCAGUUAACUUCCGGCCGAGUAGGAGUCACCUCCAAGCCGCCGAAGAAAUACGUCAGACGCGGCAAUCGUAACAACAACAAUGCCAAUGGUGCCAGUAACGGUAGCGCCGGUUCGGAGACCAACAACGCGAGUCAGCAACAAACUGGCGGUUCCGGUGGUUUACCCAGUAACGUUCAACGCAAGGAACGCUCCCUGCAUUACUGCAGCAUCUGCAGCAAGGGCUUCAAGGACAAGUACAGCGUGAACGUGCAUAUUCGGACGCACACCGGCGAGAAGCCGUUCGCUUGCUCACUCUGCGGCAAGAGCUUCCGUCAGAAGGCACAUUUGGCCAAGCACUAUCAGACCCACGUGACCCAGAAGCCCGCCAGUAUCCAGCAGACCGCUUCCGGAAGCGGCGGAAACAACGGCAACACCAGUCCAACGGCGGAGACUAACACGACUUCCGUGUCCCCCGCCAUCGCCAGCAGGGCCCAGGUCGCUGUAGACCCGACGGGAACUGCUUGCAGUCCCCCCAGUUAGUUCGCAGGACACGGACGCGGCACGAUGUCAGGCGCGGACAUACGUCGUCCACGGUUUUAUUUUUUUUUUCCGAAAAAGAUGGCGGCCGAAGCUGGUCUCCGCUUUCUUUUUGUUCUCCCCUUUUUUUUUAUUGCAUGAUUUUCUUUCCAUAAUGAAAACGCCGAACCGAGCUUGCGAGAAAGAGCGAACCAUGACGAGCGCAUUGGAUAGGCGUAUCGUGUACAGGGUGUCCACAAACUUACCAUGUACAUUAAAAAAAAAUAUAUUUUUUUAAUUGUUAGACCUGAUAAAGUUCAUAUAGUAAAUAUAACUUGAGCUACUCAAGCCGAAUUGAAUUAAAUUUAAUUAAUUAACAGUAGUAUAAUCCGAAUAAACUUAUUUACCUGGAUUUCUUGUUACUUAGAUCGACGUAAUUAAAGUUUAUUCAUUUACUUGAAUUAGUUCUUGAAUUAGCUCAAUUGACAUCCAAAUCAGGUUGAAUUUGAUUCGUUACGCUGCAAAAAUAUUUCUUGCGGUUUACACAGAAAUAAGAAUAUUCCGUGACACCCUGUAUGCCAACGGGAAGUCGAUCGAAUUUUGCAUGGCAAAACUACGUGACCGAAGGGUUAUUAAUUAAAAAAAAAUUAUUAAGAUCUUCGAACUUUGCGAGAUUAUCUAUCCUAACGGUGGCAAUUCCGUCGCCGGAUUUUUAUAUUAAUUAUUAAUUGUGGACGGUCAAGAGGAGCUAAUCAGUCCCCUUGUACUAAUACAUGACGACCCGUGAAAUUGUUGUUCCUACGAUCAUUCAAUUACCGUUAAUGCCGACGAUAACGACAGAGACAAUGACAACGGCGACGACGACGACGACAGAAUGAUAAAUGUUUAUAGAAUAAUUGACGAUUUAUUAUAUUUAAUAGCCACGAGAUAUUAACGUUGAAGAUGUUUUAUAAAAUAAAUUUUUUAUAUAUGUAUAAUUAUGUGCAUGAUGUUGCAAAACUACCGGAUCCUCUUAAUUAAAGUUUCUUCGACAAUGGAAGAACGAUUUUCCUUUAAUGAAAGUGUUGGAAGAAAUGAUUAUUCGGUCCGUAGAUGUAUGAUACUGCAUGCGUUUAUAAUUUAUCUAGAAAUUAAAAUUUUGUGAAAGUUCACUUGAAAUUAAUUGAGAUUCUUCGAAAUCUAUCGAGACGCUUCGACAUUUUCGUUACAGAAAGUUCAAUUCCAAGUCGGCCGAAGAAUUAGCGGAAAGGACUGGCAGGAUUUGGUAGUUUUGAAACGUUUCAUGUACACAGAGAGUAGAUUAGGCAGUAACUUAGAGCGAUAAGUGCAGAGUAUCGAGAGGAAGACCCUUUAAUAAGUAAUUAGUAGCAUGAGCUGUGAUUUAGGUACAUACUCAACGAGCGGUUUAGAGCGAAGCAAACGUAACGAAAUGCGUGAGUGCUGUUCUCUCAGUUUUUGGUACUCCUUUUUUUUUUCAAUUCUUUCUUCUCUCGCAAAAGCGCAACCGAAAAAGGGACCAAUCGCGAUAACAAUCAUUUUGAACGUUUUAUCGAGUGCUAUAUAUGUCGCAGAAUCGACGGCCGUAAGAAUCGCGUUUGUUUUUUCCGUCCUUUUUGUUUAUUUUACUCACAAAGAUCCUUUACGAAAGCAUUUCUAUUGAAAUAUUAAUGAUAUAAUAAUGUUACAAUAAUAUUACGCGUGUGAUAAUAUAAUAUUAUAAUAUUGCUGAUGUAUAUAUAUUAGAUAAUUAUAUAUACACUAUUUUAUUAAUAUUGUAAUAUUAAUAUGGUAUCAGCCAGAUAGAUGUCGAUAAGUCUGAGUUUUAACAUUUUACUGAAUAAGUUUUUUUCAGACAACAUUAAAUUGCGUAUUUUUAUUUCUUUAAUCAAGAUUAUAAAGACGAAUAUAAAUAAUUUUUCCAAAGUUUUAUCAGAGUGUACACUAAUUCCUUAUAAAGUCAAAUAUUGAUACAAUUAUAAAAGUAAACAAUAAUUACACAUGCUUAUUAAUAAAAUUAUUAAAUCAAGAUUUAGUGUAAAUUAUUAUUGAUAUAUGUCGAUAAACUGAUGAUUAAAUUUGUUUACUAUUCUUAAACAUUAAUAAAAUUAAAAGAAUAACAAGACAAUUUAUACCCUUCGACAUUUUUUUCUUUAAAGAAACAAAAAUUUAAUAGUCUCUGAAUUAGAUCGAAGAUUCUUGAAAAAAGUCGUCUGUAAGGAAUUAUUAUCCCUAAAUAAUAAAAUUACCCUCCAUAUCGAGAUAAUGCUUGAUACUUGCAUGUCCUGAUAAUUCACUGCCGUCGUUAAAUCCAUCGGUCUUUGAUUUAAAAAAGUAAUGAUUAAGAUAACUUAACCAGUCAAAUGAUUGCGUUAGUAACCGACGCGAUUCUUUCGGCUACGAUCACGAAAACUGCGCUAAUGCUUUAAUCAUGAUAUACUCAAUUCGGCGAGUGCGACGACCGAGAGAUAUGCGAAUCCCCACGUGCUACAUUUUCCGGGGGCCUACGACCCCGUAACAUCAUGGAGGUCAGAGUUAUCGAAGGACCCCUUCGGGCUAUCGCGAGUGGUUUCGCCCGGUAAUUACACGUUGCGUCGAUAUUGCGUUACGUGCGUGCUCGUCGCGUAUGCGCAUGCGCACGACCUCGACGCGGGGCGCCGUGGUCGCCACGCAUCGGGCAAAUAACGAUAAAUUUGCUCACUUGUAAUAUGGCGAUAAUUUUAUUUAUGCCGUCGAUGCUUCGUUAUCGGGAUAAUUAAUUGCACGGCCGCUGUCGUAAAAGUGAGGCAAUUUGCGAAAGACGCGUUUAAAAGAUGCGCCGCAUUCGAUUCUUAUCGGCCGCGGCCUGAUUUCAAUUUCGGAUUUUUUUUAAACGUUUAUAUAUAUAUAUAUAUAUAUGUAAAUGGAUGCCUGUUUUCGUGCAAUUAAGAAUAUCACGGAACUCCGCGAGGCUACGCGGAUUCAUUCAAGUUCAUGCUUCGUGAGAGAUUCGCAUGAACAAAAAUUCAGAGCGUUUAAAGAAUAUUGAGGGCAAAAUCUGAAGAGCUUGCCCGCUAAAAAAUUGGAAAGUCUCGCGUGACUUCGCAGUCGCGGUUGCCUCCCUCGCCAAUCCCCGCCGAUUCGUCCAAUUUGCGUAAUUAGUCACGUAUGUGCAACAUAAUCGAGACUAUUCUUCCGCUGACACUGAUACUCAAUCGAUGACGCAAGCGGCAAAUGAUAUUUUGAAAACACAUCGUCAGGAUAUUGCGAUCAAUUAAUCAUUUAUUAACAAAUAGUGUUACCGAACGAUAUUGCACAGUUCUUUUAACCACAAACCACAAUGAAUCGCAAUGUGCGAUGUCGCAAAAAAA